AUGCCGAAGAGAGCUCCUCGAAUCCCGGAAGAGAUAUGGAAUCGACACAAAGAAGAAAUCAUUGCUUCUUAUUCAUCGAGAACCCUAGAUCAAAUGAUGAAACAUAUGAUGGAGGAACAUGGCUUUGCAGCUAGAAAAAACCGGUUCUUUGAUCGGCCAAAGGAGCAAAAGCGAAGACAAGAGGGAAAAGACAGCGACGUUCAUAUUCAUACACGUGCAGAAACCGAUGUUGAGUUUGGACGACCCGUUCAUCCAGGUCACAAGUGGUGUGACAGCUAUAUCACGAUCUCUACACCCCAGUCAGAGCAAAUUGACCUACCGAGCAUGGGUAAUGCUUUCCUCUCUCGCAACCUUGGUACAGAUUUAUCCAGGAGAUACAGAACCUCGUACGCCAUGGGCUUUCCGGCAAUUUAUUUGUUUGGCAAGGUUAGCAGAAACUAG